AUGGCCAGCGAAAUCACCGAGCACGACCAGCAGCAGUCGCCCUCUGCUCACGACGACGUCGCCAACAACGGCAAUGGUGCCCUCGCCCAGGGCGACGCCAACCGCGGCACCAAGCGCCCUCGUCCCCAGGCCGACGACGACGACGAUGACGACGACAAGCCCGGUCGCGAGAGGAGAAAGAUCGAAAUCAAGUUCAUCCAGGACAAGUCGCGACGCCACAUCACCUUCUCCAAGCGCAAGGCCGGCAUCAUGAAGAAGGCCUACGAGCUUUCCGUCUUGACCGGCACCCAGGUCCUGCUUUUGGUGGUUUCCGAGACGGGCCUCGUCUACACGUUUACGACGCCAAAGCUCCAGCCCCUCGUCACCAAGCCUGAGGGCAAAAACCUCAUCCAGGCCUGCCUGAACGCGCCCGAGCCUGCCACAAACGAGAAUGGCGUCGACGGCGACAACGCCGUCGAGUCGCCCGAGGACACCCACGCGCAGGUGACCCGCGGCGCUCCGGGUAUGCCACCCGCCCCCGGAAUGCCCGGCGGCUACAUGACGCCCGAGCAAGCGCAGGCGAUGCAGUACCAGAACUACCUUCAUCACCAAUCCCAAGCUGCUGCCGGCCAGUAUCCUAUGCCGCCUCAAGCCGGCAUGCCCAGGCACCCUCAACAAUACCCUGGGCCGGACCAGAAGCUGGCUUAA